AUGACCGCUAACAAUCCAUCUAACAAAGAUUUGCUGGAGUUUUUGACAGCAGCAGAGUUACAACACUACCACAACAAAUUCGUGACGACAUUGAAAGUUAACAGCGUCACCCAACUGAAGUACGUCGAUGAUGACGAUCUACUGAGCAUCGAUAUGUCCAGACCGGAAAUCAAGAGGUUGAGGCAACAUUUUAAGAAGGAGAGUCACAUGGGAGCCCUAACGAAAAUCAAAAAAAUCCUAUCGAAGAGCGGGCAGGAGCAGAGCAGCCAGUCACAGACGACAAUCUCCAUAUCACCGCCCAUCAACCUGUGCUCUGCCAGUCCCAUGAAACACAUCAUAGCAGAGGAGUCUGUCAUGUUGUUGAAUGUCAUCGGCCGGGGUGAGUUCGGUUGUGUGCAGCAAGGAGUGUGGACCAAGGAUAGUGGUGAGAAGUUUUAUGCCAUGUUGAAAAGUUAUUGA